AUGCUUACAGAGAGUUUCAUUGCGGCAACACUGACUGCGAACCCACCUGUUGCUCACGGCAGUGCUGCCUUGAGGGACGUAGGCAUUUUCCUACAUGAGUUUCAGCCACACCGUGGUUUCCGCCAUGGGUACAAGAAGAGCUCAAGCCGAUCCGGAUGUGUUGCGAUUAGUUCCUCUCAUAUAUUCGCAGCGCAAGCUGAUAAAGCAGUCGUGAAUAUCUACAGCCGAGAAAGAGGAAAUCAAGAAGCGACUGUGCCUUUCCCAGAGAGGAUUCACAGUCUAGCAUACGCCGAUGGCGCAGAGAUUCUUGUACUUGGAACAGAGGGUGGAAAAUUGAUUCUCUGGGAGAUUGCAACAGGAAGAUCCAUUACUUCCUCAGCAUCGCAUCUGCAAGCGGUAUCUUCGAUAUGCAUAACUCCUAAUAACGAGUACAUCCUUUCCGGCUCUGCUGACACGACUAUUCAUGUCUGGUCUCUACUCAAACUGGUCUCGUUUGUCCAGCCUGCCGGUACCUAUGCGUCAGACGAACCUUCUCACUUGCCUAUACAAACAUUCUCUGCCCAUAGAGCUACGGUCAGUGCGAUUGCAUGUGGCCACUCGAGAAUCAACACAAACUUCGCCGUUUCUGCCUCGUCUGACAAGACAUGUUAUGUCUGGCAUAUCGAUUCAUGCCAGGUUAUCCGAACUUUGCUUCUGCCUAGUUCUGCAAUCUCAGUCACCAUCGACCCAGCAGAUCGCGCGAUCUAUUUUGGUUGUGAUGACGGACAGAUCCAGUCGUUCGACAUUUACCAGCGCAAAGACCAGAUUCACGCCUCAAGAACACACUCAUCGGAGUUUCCACCUAUACAAUUGCUCCCCAAAGACAGCUGGUUGGCUCCUUCCUCAGAUAUUGGAGCGACAAAUUGCCUGACUUUAUCUUACGAUGGGACGUCACUCCUCUCUGGUCACCGUAAUGGAGCCAUCAUUAGUUGGGAUUGUGGGAAGCACCGGAUAACGAACGAAGUUGCGAAUCUCGGCCAACCUAUUACUAGCCUUCGAAUGCUUAAGCCAGAAGGUCUCCCGAGGAGAAAUACACCCAGCUAUAUUAUUUCAAAUAUUGUCAAGCCUAAUCUUGAUCUUGCAGCGUCCAAAGACAAUGGCUCUUGCGGUAUUCCGGCGAAAUACAAUAUCCAAGUGAAACUCAACACUGCGAAGUCCGCUCAAUCAGAUGGACAGAUCAACCAAGCCAUUUUAGGCCACGGAUUCCCGCAAGAUUUGUUCGAUGACGCUUUGCGUUCUCUGACUGCAGGCAACCAGGGAACUACUGCUUCUUCUCUGGACAGUAGUGAACUUGGAAAGGUCGAAAGACUAGAGGAUGAAGUUUCCCGACUGAAGGAACAGCUGAAGGUAUUACACAAUGUCGAGAAGAAACGGAAAGAGCGCAACCUCGCCAAACUGAAAAGGCAAGAUGAACUCGAUCUCGAGAAGAGAAAAGUUUACUUUGAAGCAAAGAAGAAGGGCCAGGACGGUGAUUUCGCGAUCAAACAGUUCGAGGAAAGGAGAGGCUUGCUGGAAGUGACCAGCGAUGGAGACCACUCUGAUGUACAGAUGGAUGUCACUUGA